AUAUAUAUAACCCUUUUCCUUGCCUCCCUUUCCACCCUUCAAAUAAACCACCAAAAUCUUAUCUUUGCUACAUCAUCACAACACUAUAAUUAUUGUUUUCUCAUACUGUAUUAGGCAACGCAAAAUGGGAGAGCAAAAGGAGCAGCCAAAGAAUGAAACAGAGAAGAAGCCAGAGGAUGGAGCACCCAAGAAAGACGAUGGACCCGCCCCUGUCAUUUACAAACUCGACUUGCAUUGCGAGGGAUGCGUCAAGAAGAUCAAACGCACCGCUCGACACUUUCCAGGUGUGGAAACCGUUAAAGCAGAUCUAUCGGCUAACAAAGUGACCGUUACCGGGAAAAUGGACGCCGAGAAGCUUCGAGAGAAGCUCGCCGAGAGAACCAAGAAGAAGGUUGAUUUUGUCACACCUCCGCCGAAGAAAGAGGCCGCCGCCGAAAAACCGCCGGAAAAGAAGGCCGAAGAGAAGAAACCUGAGGAGAAAAAACCAGAAGAAAAGCCUAAAGAGACCACGGUGGUUUUGAAGAUCAAACUACACUGUGACGGUUGCAUUGCGAAAAUCCGAAGAAUCAUUCUCAGGUUCAAAGGUGUUCAGUCGGUGAGCCUUGACGGAGGCAAGGACUUGGUAACGGUGAAGGGAACGAUGGACGUGAAGGAGAUGGUGCCGUACCUGAACGAGAAGCUUAAGCGAAACGUGGAAGUGGUGCCUCCGAAGAAAGAGGAGGAGAAGAAAGAGAAAGCAGACGGCGGAGAGAAGAAAGAGAAAGCCGAUGGCGGAGAGAAGAAAGAGAAAGACGGCGGCGGUGAGAAGAAAGAGAAAGACGCUGCGGCGGAAGCGAAGGCAGAGGUUAACAAAAUGGAAUUCAUGUACCCGAUCCCACCUCCCUCGUUCUGGUACCAAGGAGGACAGUUUCCCGGUCAAACAAGUUACGCUAUGGAGGUUCAACCAUCCUAUGGUAUUAACAAUCAUUACGUGGAGCAAGGGUACGUGAAUCAUGGUUAUCCUAUGCAGCCGCCUCUACCGUAUUACAUGCACCCUAACGCUCCUCCUCCGCAGAUGUUCAGCGAUGAGAACCCGAAUGCCUGUUCCAUCAUGUGAUUAACUUUCAGUGUAGACUUACACUCGGAUACGGGAUACGGAUACGGAAUACGCAUGACGUAAUCUGUAAAUAAAGAAAAAGAAAAAGAAAAACUGAUGUGCGUGUAAAAACUGAGGGGGUUGAAUAUUCCGUAUUAUUGAAAAUUAAUUAAAAGAGAGAAUUUUUAUGAUAUGGUAGAAUUUUGAAACUAUAUAUGUACGUUAAAGAGUAAGUAGGUUGGUGUUUUAGAGAGGGUGGCCGGCUGGCUGGAGAAUCCUGUCCAGAGUUUAUAUGAAAUUAAAAGAACUCACAUCACAUGAGCUGUUGUUUGUUUUUUGUAUAUUUCUAAUAUCAGAAUAAAUGGUUACUAUAUUUCAAUGA